AUGCUAACCGUCGACCGCUCAACCACCUCCUCCCCCGCCCUCUCCUCCACCUCCGCCUCCACCCUCUCUCCCCUCCACGCCCACCAAACACGCCGACGCGACUCUUCCUCCGUACGAUGGUACACCUACCUCGCCCGAUUCGCCCGACACAUCCUCCACACCCUCCUCAACGAAAAAUCACCCACCCAACUCGCAAUACUAAUCUUCAUCAACCUCAUCCCCGUCAUCAUCUGGAUGACAACCUUCAAACAAGCCCGCCUCAUCCCCUCCGACAUCCGGCCCUUCAUCAACGUCGACCUCCUCCCGCGCUGGGAACACGUCCUCUACGAGACCCCCCUCGGCCUACUCUCCCAAUCAGCUCUAUUGACGCUUCUCGCUUCCGCCGCACUCCGGACACGUUACGCACUCCUCGCCUCCCUCAUCCCACUCAUCCUCGAUAUCUUACACCAUCUCGCACAAUCCCUCACGGAAUGGAAGGAUGUAUUGGCAUGGAUCUCCUACGGCGUAAUCCACUUCGUCUCACCCUUCCUCACCGCAUUCUGGCUCUGGUUAUUCGCUCCACCCGGCGUCACAGGAACCUACGGCUGGUCCUUUGGGAUGCAAAACAUUUGUGGCGUGGCUACCCAUCUACUGUUUCCAAACGCUGCACCAUGGUACCAGACAGACGAAUACGGCUACGGCACACCACCCAUACCGGCGAAUUACAGCAUGCCAGGCUCAGCAGCCGGCCUGAAACGCGUCGACGCAGUCCUCGGAACACAUAUCUACACCCACGCUUUCAAAGCCUCUCCGCUCGUCUUCGGGGCAUUCCCAUCCCUCCACUCCGGAUUCGCGGUCAUAAAUUUCUUCUUUAUCGCACGGUACUCGCCACGCCGUGGACGCUACGCAUUGGGCGCAUUCGUGUUGUGGCAGUGGUGGGCGACGAUGUAUCUCCGUCAUCACUGGCGGUUGGAUUUGAUUGGUGGCGCACUAUAUUCGACUGCUUCAUUUCUCCUAUUCCUACCCACGCUGCGGAAAUACGAACUCCGCGCCCGCGAACGACUCCGCAAAAAUGGGUGGUAUCGGCUUUGGAGACUCGAUUGGAUCGAGGGGGAAUAUUAUCGGAGCGAGGUUGUGUAUGAGCCCGUGUCUGAAGAGGAAAUCGCGAGGGAUGGGGAAAGGUGGGUUGGGAUCAAGGCGGGGGUUGAGGCCAUGGAUGCGGAGGGGGAGAGGGAGAGGGUGGGGGGGAAGGAGGUUGUUGUUAGUGGGUGUGGGAUUGUUGGGAGCUGA